AUGAAUGAAAAACAGAUUCACAAAGACUGUCAAGGUCAUAGUACCAACAACUCAAUCGAUGCUGUUCCAUCAUCAAUUGGAAAUGGAACAAAACUUAUCAGCGAUGCCGUCGACAAAAAUGGGAUCAGACUUCAUCCGCAACCUACCUCUGAUCCAUUGGACCCUUUGAACUGGUCGAGCCUUCAAAAACACGGAAUUUUAUCUAUUGUGAUGCUCAAAUAUUUCCUGUUUACGUACCUGACCACAACUACGGUCCCAUCCUUCUCAGAGAUCCAAACUAAAUAUUCCAUCAACUACUCACAAGUCAAUUGGAGCGUCGCUGUCCCAGCCCUAGGCUUAUCUGUUGGUCCUUUAGUUUGGACUUCUCUCUGUGAUAUUUACGGUCGCCGGGUUAUCUUCUUGAUUGGGACUACUAUUGCUUUGGUCUCGACAAUCGGAGCGGCAGUGGCCGAUACAUACGCAGGCUACAUGGCUGCUCGGUUCUUCCAAGGAUUUGGUGUGAGCCCUGCUUCAACUGUCGGCAUGGCCGUUGUGAAUGACCUAUUUUUCGAAUAUGAGCGCGGACAGAAGCUUGGCUUGUGGGUGUUGGCAAUCGACUCUGGACUUCUACUGGGGCCGACUUUCGGUGCCUUUUUGAAUCUCGUGAGUGCUGCGUGGAUCAACUGGUUCAAUGCCGUUCUGUUCGCUGCUCUGUUAGUUCUGGAGAUAUUCUUCAUGCCGGAGACGCUAUACCCUCGACAAACAAUGCUACUCCAGCCCUAUGUUGUGGAAGGCAUGCCACGUAUUCCAACGGAUAUUGAGAAGCAGGCGGUAGAUCAAAAUUCUACGCCUAAGCAGGCACUCCCCGGAGGGACUCCCCCUAAGAAGUUACCUAGAACAAAGAAACUUCCAUUUGUGAAUUUUUUACCUGUCCCUGGGAUGCGCCAUCCUAGUCCUUGGGACUCACUAACUCGUUUUGUGCUUACUUUCCAAUUCCCAGUGAUCGUGAUCGGAGUUCUCGGGUAUUCAUUCGUUUGGUACUGGUGGAUUCUCUCUAUUAUCACUAUGGUACCUGCAGCCUACGAAAGCUACUCCCCACUCAUUCAAGGGUUGCUUUUCCUUGGUCUACUCCUUGGGACAAUUACCUCGGAGCUUUGUUGUUCGGGACGGCUUAGUGACUUCAUUGUGGAAACGCUGGCAAAGAAAAAUGGCGGCGUUCGUGUCGCGGAAAUGCGACUAUGGCUGGCAUAUCCUGCUAUCUUGGUUACAGCAGUCGGAUCAAUUCUUUGGGGCGUCAGUCUCGACAAGAACUAUCAUUGGAUGGUUGGUCAGGUUGCAUUUUUCCUAUUUGCUGCUGGGGUCCAGGUCGGAAAUACCGUCAUCAGCAGUUAUAUUGUCGAUUGUUAUCCUUUGCAGUCAACGAGCGUGAUCACUUUUUACGCCGUGUUUCUGAACUUAGGUGCCUUCAUCAACCCGUUUUUUAUUGCUUCCUGGGAAGCAUCUGUUGGCUGGACCUGGACGUUUACCACGCAGGCCUUGAUUGUUCUUGUAGGCGGGGGUCUGGUUUUUGGUAUUCUGCAUAAGUAUGGUGCAUCUAUGCGAACGAACGCACCACAGCCAUCAUGGGUCAACCCGGAGUAUGAUACAGGGGCUUAG